CAGGUCUGGUUCUGGAUGUCACAGCAACAGCUUCUUCCUUUAUAAAAUGAGUUGUAAUGUAUUAAGAGGGAGUACAUGGACACAGUCAAAGUUGCAAUUGAUUUGAAAUGGAUUUUUUGAGAGGACGCACGAGAGAAGAAAGACAAUUUUAAUCUCACAUUCGCUUCACUGGUCUGGGACCUGAGCAGCUCUGUCGUCUAAGGUAAGAGGAAUUAAAUGUUUUUUUUUUGUAUGUUUAUUCUCGUGUGCAAAGAGCACAUAAUUAAUUUCUUGAAUUGUAGUGCAAGUAUUGUUGCCUGUUUUACCUUGUAAAACGUCGUAUUAGAACGAUAACUAACUUAGCAUUCAUGGAGACAAUCAUAGGCCUAUGAAAGAGAAACUGUGCAUCACGCAUGAUUAACGCGCACACUCGCAGUGUGGAUUCAAUGAGGGCACCAUUUUAAUAUAUCGUUAUAUGUAGGACAAAAAUAUUAAAUUACUUAACGAAAGCAUCACACAGAGAGCAACCUAAUUGGCACGAUAAGCCCUCAAAGGUCAAAAUAAAUUGAAUUGAGGAAACUUACUGACUCAAGGCGGCCGUCAGCGUCAGGCUGCUGCGGUGUCGGUUCAGGUAGAGAGGCAUCAGGUGGGACAGCCACAGUGCUGGCCGCUGCAGGAGUGCUACAGCUGGCAAACACCGAAACACCAAAUGUUUCCUGUCCCAAAGACUGAGAAGAAGGCGUCGUACUCCAUCCGCUUGGUGGGCAUCCAGUCCUCAAAUACUGAAGGUGCGUCCGUUUAAUGUGGCGAAAAAAAGAGUUAAAAACUCUAAAAUCCUGUUCACAUCCGUCAAUACCACAGUAAACCCAAAAAUCCGAGCUGCGACUGUGACUUUUAUUAAUGUGGCUAAGGAGUACUUUAAGACUUAAAGCAACAAAGACGAAACAUAUCAUACAUCUCCACGCCGCCAUGAUGUACCGUCGUUGUCGCGGGCUAAUGACGCUGAGGUGGAUGGGGAGGGGGGCACUCAUGGAAUAAUUUGUUAUUAUUUUAACAAUACAUUUCUCUAAUUAUAAAUGCGACCCAAUUCAUUGUAUGAUGAUAGAUGUUUUGUUUUACUAAUAUUUUGCUAACAAGUUCAUGUUUACAUUCGAUCAUUUCUGCGCAUCCUCAGUUCCUCCAACGGUCCCACCUCAAUGACGUCAGUGAUCGCGAAUCUCCGCUUGAGUAACUGAAAGAUUUGGGUGCGUCACAUUAGAAGAAGUGCAAGAACAGCGGCUCAAGGUAGUUCUACAGUACCGCCUGUUAAUGCUUCAGGGAGCUGAUAAAUCUAGGAUGGAUACCUUUGACGAUGCCACUCUAUCGGUGUUGGAGGCUGCCAGUGUUGAUGAGGAAGCUUUGAAAGGCCUUAGCCGGGAUGACCUGAGGGAUCUUUUUCCUGGCCCACAGAAUUUCCUCAAAAGAAAGAAACUUUGGAAUGUCAUCAGUGAAAAUUUUGAAAAUACCACGGACCAAGAUGCCAACAAUUGUGCCAUGCCACCAUGCCAGCCUCAAACCUCAACCCCCAUAUCUGCUGAGAAAAAAAUGAAAAUGCCAGACCCUCCAGAGUAUGUGGUGUACACUGAUUCGGAGUUAGACAUGGUGCGUAGUCAAUAUUUUGCACUGCUCUGCAAUGGAAAGGAAAAAAAUUACACAAUGUCCAAGGAGCUAUGUUGCAGACUCAUAAGGAACACAAUAACCAGUAUGGUUGCUAUCCUGCGUGCUAGUCCCAUGGGGAAAGAAGUCAGAUACCCGUCAAAAUUGGAAAUGAGAGCCAUGUCACAGAAGAUUGUAGACUAUUACCCAAUGUUACGGGAUGAUGAUCCAAACAUGCCAUAUCUGACCAUCUACGCCAAAAUGUACAAGCGACUCCAAAAUAUGAGAUCCCCACGGAAGAGGCAAGGCUCUGUACCACAAAGAGGAGUGGCAAAGACAGCUCUCUUCAGUGCAGACAACCAAGAGACGGAUUGGACAAGCAACUCGAGUGAUAACACCGUACUUCUUGAGAGCAAUGAUGACCUUAGCGAGGACAACUCCAGUGCAGCAUCCCCAGCACAACGACCCCCCUCUGUGCCAAGAAAGCCAAAGACCAAAACCUCGCUGCUGCCAUCUGCAUCAGCCUCAGGCUCCUCACUCAGGACUGUGAUCGCUUCACCAACCACGCCUGCAAAGGAUGAUGUUGUCGCCCAGGACAGUCUGAAGAUGCAGGCUAGGCACUAUAAAACCUUGAGCAACAUGUACAAUAAGCCAAAUGCAAAACCCAAUCAAAGCGAUGUUGCUCAAGUUUUAGACCUUGAGUUUAAGGCCAGACGGGCAUUCAUUGAUGCAGAUGUUACAAGGGAAGAAGACCGACCUGCAAAAAUCUUUGAGGCAUAUCCAUGCUUUAGAGAUGUUCGAAAUGCAAUGGAUGAGCUGCGGCGCAUAGUAGGUGGCACCAACAGCAGAUACAUCGAGGAAGUGAAAGGAAGAUGGGCAGACUUUUGUGCCAAGGUGCAGUUCUAUGGUGUGUGGAAGAAAGCCCUGAAACCCCCUUUUCCAUUGGAUGUCCGUGGAGUGGAGUUCACGCUUGCCAUCUUCAAUGCACUCCCAUCCCUUUUCCCCUCACCAACUUCACCACCAAAGAAGCUUGGAAAUAGCUGUGAGGCACUUCUUCAUGUCCUGAAGUCAGGCGAAGACCCUACCCUGUACCUGGAGAAGCGUCCUCUCUCCUCCCCAGUUCUGCUUUCUGAUGGAUCAACCACCAUCGUGGCUGUGGGUAACGUACCUGUGACCACCCUCCCUCAGGAAGAUUUCUCAGACGGGAUGUUGGUGUUAAUGGCAUAUUACUACACUUUGCACUUAAGAUAUCCGAAAUGUGUUGCAACUCUCCUGUCAGUUAUUCAAACAGAGGUAAUUGGUGACACAAUCCACGAUCAAGAUGCCACUAGUGCUUACAAGAAAGCAAUGGCUGAUUGGAAGUCUUUCAUUGAGAAGUAGCUGAGUAUUUUGUCAUGUCAGUUCUUAUUGUUAGCUGUGCCUACAAUAGUUUGGUGUUGCACAAGCUUAUACAGAACACUGAGUUAUUACCUCAUUGAGGCCUGUAUUACAUAUUAUUGUUAGCUGUGUCAAUAAUUUUUGGUGUUGCACAAGCUUAAAUCACUGAGUUAUUACCUCAUUAAGGCCUGUAUUUCAUAUUAUUGUUAGCUGUGUCAAUAAUUUUUGGUGUUGCACAAGCUUAAAUCACUGAGUUAUUACCUCAUUAAGGCCUGUAUUUCAUACUAUUGUUAGCUGUGUCAAUAAUUUUUGGUGUUGCACAAGCUUAAAUCACUGAGUUAUUACCUCAUUAAGGCCUGUAUUUCAUACUAUUGUUAGCUGUGUCAAUAAUUUUUGGUGUUGCACAAGCUUAAAUCACUGAGUUAUUACCUCAUUAAGGCCUGUAUUUCAUAUUAUUGUUAACUGUGCCUACAAUAGUUUGGUGUUGCACAAGCUUACAGAAUACUGAGUUAUUACCUCAUUGAGGCCUGCAUUUAAAAUGGUCAAUGAAAAAUCCAUAACUGAGAGGGCUAAGAAGUGUUUUUGUUUUGUUUUUUGCUCUUUUGCUUUUAAUUGUUUUUUUUUUUUUUUUAUGGAAAAUUAUUCAAAUGUAUAGCAACCUAUACUUGCUGAUGUUAAAUAAAUGUCUUAUAAGCCAUUCUGGUCUGCACCAUUAUUCUAAAAAUAAGCACAGGCUAGAUUUUAAGGUUUAAAGAUGCAAUAAGCCUUGUUUCAAGA